AUGGCCAUUGUCAGCGGUCUGAAGGGUCUUCCCACGAUCGUUCCCUUGAUUGUUCCUCUGCCCUUUGGCUUCGGUUGCAGUGCGCAGUGCCCCAAGUGUCAUACGACUGCAGCACCUCUAUGGACGACGAAGGGAAGACCGUAUGCAACGCAUGCGGUCUUGACCAUAAACGUCACAGGCUCCCAUCUGCCCGCACCCAUGCCCAUUCCCGCACUUGCACUCGUGCCUGCGCUGGCAUUUGCGUUCGCGGCUGCACUCACACCUACGAUUGCGCUUGCGCUUGCACUCGCAUUUGCAUUCGAACCCGCACCCGCACUUGCAACUGCGGUGACUGUAGUCGCAGCAGGACUGACCCCCAGUGAAAACUGGACCUUACCGGAGCUGCUCACCACACUUCGUAUUGUAAACUGUAAGACGUCGUCUCCCCUGGGACGUAGAAUUAUUUCACGACAGCUCGAAAAAUACCGCCGGCGGAGUUCUGACUUGAGAAUGUGGCUGGUCUCGCUUAUGUUGGAGGGUGCCAGUCCUUAUUCUAACGGUCAAUUCAUCCCCGCCAGGAAUAAUCCACUAUUGCAAGAAUCCAUGUCAGUGGGGAGGAGAUGUCAGUCCUUUGGGGCCUUCCCCCCAUCCUCGGGCCCGACACCAUUGCCUGAGGAUCCGUCUAUGGACUCUGCCCCACAACAACGGCUGACCCAACCGAAUUUUAAUAUGUAUUCAUUGUUGCCACCUCCAAUAUCUCCCGCAAAGCCUUGCGCUGUCAACAACGACAAGCAGAAUAUCCCCAUUGAGACCAGUCUCAUUGCCCCAAGACCCGUGAAAAUUGCUAUCAAUCCUCUCUCAACUCUCGCUUCAGCUGCUGCGAGAGUGAGCUUACUCGCUCCUCUCGAGCUGAACACGAAGACGAGUGGCACAACGGAAGAGUUUUGUCUCUACUACGGAAAUCUGGUGUUAGAUCAGCGCGAGAAAUAUGAAAUCGAGGCUAUUCUAUUGGCGCAUGACUUUUGUUUGUUGGCGCUGUUCUAA